UCACGCACGCUAAGCGUCUGAGACAACUCGUGCAGCUGAAGCGCAGAGUCAACACUCAACCCAGCACAAAAUCGACUCACCUAUACAUACGCCUAUACAUACACUUCCUCUCUGUAAUUCAAAUCCCUCUCUUUCCUCGAUUCCAACUGCCAAUUAAACUCUUCAAUUUGACCAGUAUUUCCCCCAACUAUGAAACCCCCCUAAUUUUUUUGAAUGGAAACCCUAACCCUAACCCUAACCCUAGCCACACACCCAAUUUCUCUGCUUAGAUCGUCGCGGUUUUCCCUCUUGUUUUCCGGAGGGUGAUCAAUUGGUGUUCGAAUUCGCUUCUCCAUCGUUGAAUCAAACAUAUAUUGGAUUUUUGUGCACGUUCUCUGUUUUCUUAAUUCAUUUGUUUUGUUGGAUUGCUGCAUUUUUUAUUAUAGUUGUUUGAUGGAGUGUUCUGCUGCCCUGGGUCAUAGCUUUUGAUGGAUGGCAAAAUAAUGCUGUGAGCAUAAAAAUGGAGAUCAAUUAAGUUUUAGGUUGGAGAAAUAGGAUUUGUAUUGUCCAUAGAAUCAUACUUGCAAAUAUACAUUUUGUCAUAUGGGUAGCUCAGAAACGGGAGGAGGGGUGGAUUGUAGUGUGGGGAGUAUAGUUUGGGUCCGACGAAGAAAUGGGUCUUGGUGGCCUGGAAAAAUACUUGGGCCUGAAGAGCUUUUAUCGUCUCAUAUAACAUCGCCACGAUCAGGAACUCCGGUCAAGCUUCUAGGGAGGGAGGAUGCUAGUGUGGACUGGUACAACUUGGAGAAAUCAAAACGUGUAAAGGCUUUCCGAUGUGGUGAGUUUGAUGACUGCAUAGAAAGGGCUGAAGCUGCUCAUGGUAUGCCUCCAAAGAAAAGAGAGAAAUAUGCACGGAGAGAAGAUGCAAUAUUGCAUGCUCUUGAAUUGGAGAUGCAACUGCUGGAAAAGAAAUUUGGAAAAUCAGGAAAUUCGUCUAAUGGCCAAAGAAAAUCGCCUGACGCUGUUGUGUCUUCAGAAUGCUUGGAAAAUGGCACAGAAAAUCAGUUAGGCCCCAGAUCUGGCCAGCUACCAGCGAUGCUUGCUCUAUCUGUUGUAGAAAAGAAUGGGUCAAACCAGCAUCCAUGCGAUGAGACAGGUAUUAAUCAACCGAGUGGUGAUGAUGAUAGUGCUGGUGCACUACCUCGAAUGAGAGGGUUGCAGGACUUAGGUCUCCGGACUACUCCACCAACAAGAGAGGAGCAUUCUGGAAUUGCAAUAUCUCGGGCGAAGAGGAGUAGAACUGCUUACUUGACAUACGAUUCAGGGGAUUGUUCCAAUGACAAUCAAACUCUAACCACCCAGAUGGAAAUACCGGUUUCAAAGUUUGAAGAAAGCAGCUAUCAAGCUGAUGCUGGUGACCACAUUUCUGGGUCUACAGAGGACACUGAAACAGAUUGUUCAGAAACUGAUUCUAUGGAGUCGGAUUCAGAUGAAGAAAUUACUGCUCUGUCUGAUGGCGCAGAUUCUAUAGAAUUGCAACCUAAAUAUCCAAGGAGUAUUGAAGCACACGAAGAGCAUGGAAGCUUUAGCAGUAGUGACGACUUCGAUGAAAUGGCAUAUGCUGAUGGCUUGCCUCAUGGCUACAUAUCAAAUUGUGGGGAGGUUUCCAAGUGGCAGCUAAAAGGGAAAAGAAAUAACCGCAAUGUUGGGAAAAAGUGUUCCGACAGAACUGAUGCUGAUCUUCCCAAAGGAUACACAAACAGCAGAAACUCCAACUGGAGCAAUGGUGGUUUCAAGACGGAUCCUAUUGAUAAAAGUUUAAGGAACCAUGCAUCCAGGUAUGGAUCGACAGGGCUACACAAUUCUAACGAGACUGCUGAAUUGGACGACUUCACUUGGAAUAAUCAGUCAAUCAUGAGGGGAUAUUGGGAGGAUUCACAUGAAUAUGUAAAUCCUUUCUCUGCCGAUAGGCAUCCUUUUGGUGGUCGGACCAUGCUGAUAGACGUGGAUUUGAAAGUCCAGGCGAACAACUAUCGAAGAGAUGUCCCAAUGAUCUCGUUGAUGAGCAAGCUAAACGGGCAUGCUAUAAUAGGCCAUCCCAUCCAGAUCGAAGCUCUUGAAAGUGGUUCAUCCGAGAACUAUGUCUCUACAGCCGAUUAUUUUCAACCCGAACCUCUGGAGACUCCUGCACUUCCUUCAGUGUGGAGGACUGGUCGCAGGACAGCAAAUUCCCGUGUUCCCCGCCCGUUUCUGAACGGUGAGAGCAAGCAGCAUAGUCUAUUCAUCGAUCAAGAUGCCCGUCUGAAAGGGAGCAUGAUGCAGAGGAGUUACUCCCAGUAUCCAAUGGACAGAAAAAUCUCAAGAAACUCACCCAAGAAGAACAGCCUGUCAUCCAACCUAAAGAUACGAAGUCUUUCAUCGAUUGCAUCAGGCGAGCAGCAUCAGAGCGAGCCUAGAAACGACGCCAACAACUUUCAAGUGGGCGGGAUGAUCAAAACGGGGAAUCUGCCCACAACAGUUGCUUGCAUACCAGUCAGCUUGGUAUUUAGUAGGUUACAUGAGGAGUUGGUUGGUCGCCACCAGUAAUAAUCUGUAUGAAUUAUUGUAGAUAUUGAUUGUUUACUAGUUGCUUGUAAAUUUUAGGAAAUAAUUUUAUAUAAUUACACCAUGUUAUCACAUUUUCUUGUGAAAACACCCAUUUUGAGUCU